CCUUUUUGAAUCUGGCCCGCUCCCCCGUAUUAUGUCUGCGCUCCGCAGGAAAUUUGGGGACGAUUACCAGGUAGUGACCACCUCGUCCAGCAGCGCGGGCUUGCAGGGCCAGGGGCCCCAGCAGCAGCAGCAGCAGCUGGUCCCUAGGAAGAAGCGACAGCGGUUCGUGGACAAGAACGGGAGGUGCAAUGUGCAGCACGGCAACCUGGGCAGCGAGACUAGCCGCUACCUCUCCGACCUCUUCACCACCCUGGUGGACCUCAAGUGGCGCUGGAACCUGUUCAUCUUCAUCCUCACCUACACCGUGGCGUGGCUCUUCAUGGCGUCCAUGUGGUGGGUGAUCGCCUACACCCGGGGAGACCUGAACAAAGCCCACGUCGGCAACUACACGCCCUGUGUGGCCAAUGUCUACAACUUCCCCUCUGCUUUCCUCUUCUUCAUCGAGACCGAAGCCACCAUCGGCUACGGCUACCGCUACAUCACCGACAAGUGCCCCGAGGGGAUCAUCCUCUUCCUCUUCCAGUCGAUUUUGGGCUCCAUCGUCGACGCCUUCCUGAUCGGCUGUAUGUUCAUUAAGAUGUCCCAGCCCAAGAAGCGGGCGGAGACCCUUAUGUUCAGCGAGCACUCGGUGAUCUCCAUGAGGGACGGGAAGCUGACGCUCAUGUUCAGAGUGGGCAACCUGCGAAACAGCCACAUGGUCUCCGCUCAAAUCCGCUGCAAGCUGCUCAAAUCUCGACAGACACCUGAGGGUGAGUUCCUCCCCCUUGACCAACUUGAACUGGAUGUAGGUUUUAGUACAGGGGCAGAUCAACUUUUUCUUGUUUCCCCCCUCACAAUUUGCCACGUGAUCGAUGCCAAAAGCCCCUUCUAUGACCUAUCCCAGCGAAGCAUGCAAGCUGAACAGUUCGAGAUUGUCGUCAUCCUAGAGGGCAUUGUGGAAACAACUGGGAUGACCUGUCAAGCUCGGACUUCAUACACCGAAGAUGAAGUUCUUUGGGGUCACCGCUUUUUCCCAGUUAUUUCCUUAGAGGAAGGAUUCUUUAAAGUUGAUUACUCCCAGUUUCAUGCAACCUUUGAAGUCCCCACCCCACCUUACAGUGUGAAAGAACAGGAGGAAAUGCUUCUCAUGUCCUCCCCUUUAAUAGCACCAGCCAUAACUAACACUAAAGAAAGGAAUAAUUCUGUUGAAUGUCUAGAUGGAAUAGAUGACAUUAGUACCAAACUCCCAUCGAAAUUGCAGAAAAUUACUGGAAGAGAAGACUUUCCCAAAAAACUCCUAAGAAUGAGUUCUACAACUUCCGAAAAGGCCUACAGUUUGGGAGACUUACCCAUGAAACUUCAACGAAUAAGCUCAGUUCCUGGCAAUUCAGAAGAAAAACUGGUAUCUAAAACCACAAAGAUGUUGUCUGAUCCCAUGAGCCAGUCAGUGGCUGAUUUGCCACCAAAGCUUCAAAAGAUGUCAGGAGGUGCAGCCAGAAUGGAGGGGAACCUUCCAGCCAAAUUAAGAAAAAUGAACUCUGAUCGGUUCACAUAACAAAAGCAGACUUUUAGGCAUUAUUUAAAGUUGAAGUUAGUAAUAGUCCAAAUUUUGUCUGACAAAGUAAGCCUCUCCAUAGGACAGAUUGUGAAAAAGCUGACGUUUCCCUGUGUAUUCCAUGUACCCAUGGCAACAUUGCUCCUUAAGUAAUGCUGACUAUGCAGAAAAUGGAAAUUGUAAUGGGGAAAAGUCAAAAAGGACCUGCUAUUAUUAACUGGCAUGUAGUAUCACACCAAGCAUGCAAUAAUGUGCAAAUUUCACAUUUAGUUUUAUGGCAUGAUUCUUACUAUAUUUAUAUUGUAUAUUCUGAAAAAAAUAUUUAAGGAGGUGUUACCCUCCCCUAUAUUUCUAAAGUGUAUAGUAGACAAAAAUGAGUGGAUAGCUUUCAGGGCACACUACAACUUUGAGUUAACAUAUAUACAUAUAUGUAUGUGUACCUAUGCACAUAUAUACAUGUACAUAUAUAUUUCCGAUAGAGAUUGUAUUGUUCUGUUCAAUAUAAUAGUCCUGCUGCAUGUUUACUUUCUUAGAAUGCUAAGGUUAUUGGCAUUACAAAAUUAUUAACCAGUUCCUUGAGCCUUAAAUUAUUUGUCAUUUUAAAAUUUGAUUUAAUGUUUGUUUCGGUUUAUCUGUCAUUUAGGAUCAUGGGAGGAUUUCACUUAUGCUUUGUAAGAGGCAUUCACAAAGUUUGUACUAUUUUAGGGCUGUGCAAAUGAUAACCCUUAUAUAAGAGUUAACUUUUUAAAUACAAGAUACAAAUAUGCAGUGAUAUCACUAUAUAAAGUGUCUUUAUGAUUUUUUUUUUACAAAUGAUGUGAAAGUGGUAAAAAGGAGGAAGUGUUGCUUAAUUUGAUAUCUGUAGAAUUUGGUCCCCUUCCUGGAAAGGUUAAGCUUGUUUCUUAAAAUGUUGUGAAGUUUUAAGUAAUUAUGUUUUCCAAAAAUAUCAAAAGACUUGCAUUAUCAGACAGCUUCAUAGAGGACCCAGCACAUGAACAAAUGCUGAAUCAUUUUGGUAAUAAUUGGGAGUCAAGUUACUUUGAAUAUGUCAGAAUCUGAUUACAAGUUCAGUGAUAAAUGCUUUCUAUUGCAACCUGAAUCAAUUGGACCCAUAAACAUUAUGGGGUGGAAUUUUUCUCACUUUUAAACCAAGCCAUUAUCUCAAGCAAGGUGACCAUUUAAUGAUAAACUAUAAUAAAUAUUUAUCCAUAACAAAUGCAUAGGUCUUAUUUGAUUUCAAUUUUUAUUCUUUUCCUAUGCUAAAUAGUUUUAUUGUUUAUUGCCCUCGUUUUUUUCCCCCUCACAUCAGCAAUUUCAGAACAGAGUAUCAGCAAAGGUUUGGCUUUCUGCUUUAAACUAGUCCAAUCCAGCAUGUAUUUCUUUUAAGCACCUAGCAUAUGCAGAGCACUAUGGUUGGUAUUUUGGAUACAAAGAUAAAACGGAGAUGUUCUCUGGCCUUCAGGAGCUUAUAUACUAUAGCAGAGAUUGUAAACAUUUAAAAAAAUAAGUAUAUACAUGUUCAUUUGAAGAGGAGAAAGAAGAAAGUACUAAUUGCUAUUAGGAUCAUGAAAUACUAGGAGUUGGCACAUGAACUGAGACUUGGCCAAUGGUAUUUUCCUAACCCCAACUUCUGAAACUUUUUAAUAGUUGGUAUGAAGUUGCAGUUACCAAUCAGUGGAAUACCUGAGACAGUGAUUUGCAAAGAAUGCAUGAGUGAGUCGGCAGUUUGGGGAGGUAACACCUUCACGGCCUCUCUAUGGCCCUGUUCAUAAGGCGCAAUCAGUGAUGAAAAGGGCAUAAAGAGCAAUGGCGUACCUUACUUCUGGUUUUCUUUAUUAUAGAAGGAGUAUGUGUGUGUAUAUACUCUGACUCGGUGACUUCCUAAGGAUCAUAGAUUUAGAGCUGGGAGGAACCACAGAAGACAUCAUCAGAUCCAGCCCCCUCAUUUUACAAAAGAUGAGCAAACUAAAGGUGAGAGUGGCUAAGUAACCUGCCAAGGGUCACACAUUGGAUUCAGACUGUGGUCAUCCUGACAUCUGGACCUGCUCUCCAUCAUUAUGCCACAUAUUGCUCAGUAAUUCUGUGGGACUGGUUCGUGUUUCCUCCAGCACUAGUGUGGUUAUUUUGGAUAUAUCUAGUAGGGUAAAUGAUACUUUGUUUUGUAGAAAAGCAGUAUAACUUAGUGCAAUGGUUCUCAAAGUGUGGAGGUCCCAGAGACCCUUUCAGGAGGGCCUAUGGGUCAAAACUAUUUUCAUAAUAAUACUGAGACUUUUGUUUUAAUUUCUAAUAUGGUAAAUAUCUAUAACUAGAACCCACACAAACAAAAAUAUAUUUGGCGGGGGGAAGCAUUUCCUCAAUCAUUUUUAAGAAUAUAAAGGAGUCCUGAGACCAAAAAGUUUGAGAACCAAGAAGUGAAUUAAGGCCCAGCUGUGUGAUUAAGUUGCUUGAUCUCUCAAGGCCCCUUGGUAACUCUUUAAAGAAUACAUAUUAAAGAGGCCUUGCUCAUCUUGUUUCAGUGAGAGAAUUUCUGAGCUCUGAUGAAAUUUCUCUCUCUCUCUCUCUCUCUCUCACUCACUCACUCACUCACAGACACGCACACACGCAUGCACACACACACAGACACGCUCACACAUGCUGAUUAGGGUGGUAACUCACAAUAUUAAGACUGAAAAUCAGGACAGGCACAUUUCCCAUUGAAUGAACCAUGAUUAGUUCUCUUUCUCCCAGUGUCACCUCCCCUUACUUACACACCUGACUAUCUGAAAUGUGAUUUAUUUAUAUAAGAAUAAAGAUACAAGAGGACAUUAUGAAUACUGCUGGGGUCAGGUGAUUAAAAGUGGUCAAGCAUUUAUUAAGCACGUAAUAUGAGUCAGGCACUGAGCUAAACACUGGACAUAAAAAAAAGAACAAAAAUAUAUCCCAUGGUCUCAGGAGUUCAGAUUCUAAUGGGAGAGAUAACAUGCAAAGAAAUGUGCAUAUAAGAUAUGUACAAUGUAAAUGGAAGGUAAUAUCAGAGGAAAGGCAUGCUUUAGUAAUUACUCAACAUUAUCUAUCCAUUGUGUAUAGAACCCAUUCCAAUCCCUCCAUUUUAACUCACUUGUGGCAGGAAAUGAAUAGAUUAUGUGUGUAUUAGGCGUAGGGGUGGUAUUUUCUUUUUUGGUGAAUGUUGCCUUAUACGAAUGACAAACGUCAUUUCCAGAAAGGCGCACUCGGAAGUACAUUUUUACAUUUGACUUAUUUCUAAGAUCUAUUUCAAAUGGAUUUGUCUGAGUGAAUCUUGUUUGUUCUCGUUGUCGCUUUUUGUGAUAUAGCACUUUGCUUUCUAGGAUUGGGGGUGAGAGACAACCAGGGAAGUUAUAUCAUUCUCAAUGAAUUCAUUACUAUGAAACAGAACUGUGUUCACAAUCAUACUGAGCAUAGUUAGCAGAGGAAUGAUGCCCUUUUCUCUCAUUUCACCAGUUAUUGGCCCUCUCUGACCUCUAGUCUAGCCAAGUUAUCUUAUUUCCAAAAUGUUCAACCUGGAGGCCUCUUGUCAAUGUGAUUUCUUGGAACUUGUGUUUAGUCUGUGUAUGGCAAUCUUCCUCAGCACAGAGGCCUUAUGCAUUUUUGUGGACUGAAUAAAAUAUAAAUCUCUGGGCACUGUCACUUGGCAGAUUUUGUGAGACUUAGACCUUGGGAAAGAGUCUAUGAUAAAGCAAACCUCCUCUAAGAUGGUCUUUGGCCCAUUGAUGUUGUGGUCAGUAUUAUAAUAUACACUGGAAAGAAACCCUCUGACACUAUAAAAUAUUCGAUGAAUUGAAUAAUCCUACUUAAGUUAGCACUGCAAAGUACUCAUUCAUAGAGUUCUCAUGUUGCAGAACCCAUCAAGAUGAAUAUGUUGGAAUCUGAUUCAUCCAAAUGCUGUAAAUAAAUAAAUGAAAUAAAAUAAUUUUUAUAAUUUGUGUCUUCAACUUAAAAAAUCAUGUGUGAGUUCCUAUCUUAGCCAUCUGGUAUGACAUGAAAAUACAUUCUUUGAUGAGUGUGCUAAAAAUAACAAUCAGGACGUGAUUCUGUUUGAAUUUUUAACUUAUGGAAGGUUAUUAGUUAACUAGUACAAUGUACUACAUUGUCCCAGUACAUAAGCCACUCACUUCCUGGUAGUAAGAUAGUCACUUAGGCAAAUUGACUCUUUUACAGCAAAUAAGGGCCAUUUAAUGCAUGCUUGCUACUAAGGAAUAAUUUAGGAAGUGUCCAAAAGCUAGCUCAUGAUCUGUUUGUAAGACUACUACUGUCUCAUCUCUUACAGUUUUACCCAGCCUGAGGGCUUAACAUUAUAAAGGCGGUUCAGAUUAACUGCACAGCAGGUCUGUGUUCUCUACUGUGGAAUCUAUGCUUGAAUUAUACUGUAAAUUGUAUAUACUUAAAUUAAAAUCAAAAUAAUUGCAUUUUCUGGCAUGCAAUCUCUAAUUACAUAAAUGUACAAGUUCAUUUUGAGUUAUACAGAAUAUAAACUCUUGUACUCAAUACUGCAAGCUCAGUUUUAUCAAAGCUUUAUUAAACUUUCAAAACAUUGUUGGGUUUAA